AGAGUAUGCAACCGCUAUGUUUGCUUUGAAAUGGGGACGAAAGUCCAUUAGAAUGCUUAAGUACCGUUGAGUUCUACUUUUCAACUUUCUAAAUCUUAUUUAUCUCACACAUGAGCUUAAAAGUUUGUUACGAGUGCACGUUCAUACAAUGUUGAAUAUAUUGGACCUAGGUUUCCUAAGUUUAGCUCUAACUGUCGCAUUUACUGGAUUUGUGAUAAAUAAUUAUGAAAAACACGUCCCUGCAUUUAUAGUGAAAGGAUAUAAGUAUGGAAGUUUUGCUUAUCGUGGGAAUGAAGCAAAUUUUUUACAAAUAAUUGAGGUACCAAAAGCACUUUAUCGGCAUUAUUACGCAUUUUCAACAGUUUUUAGUGCAGUAACAUUAAUAUAUGCUUUAUUAGUAUAUUAUUUUGAAUUUAGUGUUCAUGGAUAUAUUGUGUUUGCACUAAAAUUACUUCUUGAGCAAGAUGAACCAGCAGUGUCAGCGUUCGCAGCAAUACUGGCACUGUCUCUUCUUCUUGUCCAGUGUGGAAGAAGAUGUUAUGAGACAUAUUGCUUGCAAGUAUUCGCUAAGUCCAGUAAGAUGAACCUCAGUCAUUACAUUGCUGGUUUAGUGCAUUACUUUGCUGUUGUUGUAGCUAUUAUUGGACAAGCGCCCUUAUUUUGUGGUAACCAAAACAGAGAAAAUGUAUUAUGGAGUGAUACCAAAACAUUAGUUCUAGCUGCACCCUGUACAUCUAUUUUCAUCUGGGCGUGGUAUGAACAAUUUAUGACAAACAUUAUUUUCGCUAAUCUAAGAAAAGACAAAAAAACUGGCAAAGUCGUUACAGAAGAACAUAAGAUACCAAAAGGAAGGCUAUUUGAACAUGUCUCAAGUCCGCACAGAAUGUGUGAAAUUAUUUUAUACAUCGUUUUGUUAAUAUUAAUACCAACAAGGACAUUCCUUUGCAUUUUCUUGUGGGUCAUAGCGAAUCAAGUACAAACAGCAAUACACGCUCAUGUAUGGUACAAAAACACAUUUAAAGACUACCCGAAGAAUAGAAUGGCUUUAAUACCAAAUUUUUUGUAACUAUUACAAAUAUUAUGUAAAUAA